UUUACAGACGAUAUUCAUUAAGUCGUGAAACAAAUGAUCCUACUAAAUUUUCAACUAGUAAUACAUCAAGUAGUAUGAGUAGUGGAUAUCACAGUGGUUUAUCAACCGGUGAACAUACUGUUGAUCCUAGUCGCCGUUGUAGUGAUAAUUCAUAUGAUCAAUUCAUGUUAUCAGUGAAAGGAGAAGGUAUUAUGAAAAGCAAUGAAGAUAAUUGUAUACCAUGGGAAAUUACAAAUAUUCAAACAGGUCAAUCAAUACCAAGAGCAUUAAUCAAAGGGAAACUACCAAACGAUGCAACUAUGUUAAAUGAUGUUAUCAAGUAUUCGAUUGAUUCAUCUAUGCCAACAACAAAAAAGAGUUAUUCAUCAACUGUAAACUUGGAUGAUCUUUUUGAUAGAAGUUUAGAUACUACUGUGAAUAACAAUACGACUAACAACAAUGACAACAACAACAACAAUGUUGGUAACACUAAUCUUAUGAAUAGACCUCUUUCAGCGAUUGGUAGUCGACGUCAUCAUUCUACAUCUGAUGGUUCUGGAAAUAUCUGCUCUUCAACUGUUGGAGGUACUACUAAUACUGCGACCACUACUACUAUUACGACGACGACUACAAAUACUUCUUAUCAUCAUAAUGUUAAAUCGAAUCCUUCAUGGUCAAAUGAUUCAAUCGGUAAAUCAAGAAUGACACAUUGGUAUGGUAAUAGUAAUGUUGAAACGAAAAUGAAAAAGGUUGUCAAUACCAAAGGAAAUAUAUUUCUACAAAGGAAUGAUUUCAAUGUAUUCAUGAAUUUACCGAAUUAUAAACAAAAUGCUUAUUUCAUUCAAAUGGAUGAUGAUAGUUGUACAGGAAAUGAAGAUACACGUGCAUUUCUAUUAGCACAGUUAACAAAUCACCGAGUUUCUGAAGUCUACUGUUUAGCAUGUCAACAAAUUCUGCCAAUUUAUGAUCAUUUUCCUGUGAUAGAUGGUAUCUUUUUCAUCAGUCCACUAUGUCAUCGUUCUAAUGAAGGUCAUCGUAAGGGUGGUGGCCUACGGGUCACUUGGCAUACAAAUGGUAUACAAAAUCAAUCUGUUCAACAACAACAACAACAGCAAACUCAUCGGGCACACAAUGCUACUACUAACAACACUGAUAACAGUAGUAUCAGUAAUCAUUUAAUUUCAUCGACAAAUGAUUAUCAAUCUAUCAAUGAAGUAGCUUUGAAACUUUUGGCUCCAUUAAAGAUUAUCUCACCACCACCUGGUUGUCUUGGACCUAGGCAACAAUUAAAUUCAACACAGCAUAAUAUGAUUAGUACUGGUACCGUUGGGGGUGGGAGCUCAAAUCAAGGUGCUGGUAAUAAUAAUAACAAUAGUAGUAUACCAUCUAGAUUUUCAACAAAUCAUUCAUCUACUAGGCAAUGCCGUUAUUUACAUGCUCUAUGCUUGAAUUGUAUGCAUUCAGAAAAUUUGGUUGCCACUGGUCGAGUAAAUGAUUUAAAACGUAUCAAAUGCAAAAUUUGUAGUAAACCAUGGUCUGGCAAUUCAUUACUAGUUGGUGGUCUUUACACUUAUGAUAUAUUUGCUGCUGUACCAUGUGUUCAGCUCAUUUAACAUGUGGUUCAUGUCAAUCACGUUUAGAUAGUUUAUCACUAUCAUCCAAUUCAACAAUAUCGUCCCCCUACUCCUCCUCACCCUCAACAACAACUACUACUACAAGUACAUUACAAUUAUCAUCAAAUGAUCUACCUCAUCAACAUCAAUAUCAUGAUCAGAAUCAAUUUUCAAUCAAUAAUAUUGAUCAAUCCCUAAAUAAUCUUACAAUUAAAUCUUAUCCAUUAAAUUAUUUUAGUCAAUAUAGUAAUUUAAUUAUUUG